GUCAAAAAAUGUCACAGUUUUCCAUAAUUGAAUUUAACUGUGACAAUCUACGGAGGAGAGAUUAUUGCAAAAUUACUUCAAAAGUUUACUCUUUUCAUCAUCUUCGGUUCUUCUCAUUUUACAAAUAACUUUUAACUAACUACGAAGUAAUAAAUACUCCAUCCAUAUCAGAUACAGAAUGGCAAAUACAGCCAUUAGUGAGGUUUCUAUACCAGCAGAUAUAGACACAAUAAGUUCUAAGAAAAUGGUGACACUUUUUCACAGUAUUUGCCUUUGGAUAUGUUCUUGAGCAUCUCUCCAUGUAUAUGCUCCCAAGGCUAUCUAACGACAGCGUUUAAUUGUAUCCAAAUCUACAUUUAAUCCUUGAAAUUUGUAAAUAGAAUUGAGAUCAAAAUGAAUCUGGCCAAUACAUAAUGAUAAUCUAAAUAAAUCUGGGUGACUUAUUAUUAAAUCAAAUCUCUAUUAAUCUAGUGAAUGAGAUUGAAAUCAAGGUAAACUGUUGUUCCUAUCUGGCUAAUACACAUAAUUUCACAAAAGCAUACCAUUCAUUGACCCUGUUAGGGAAGAGCAUUUUCAAUUAGCGUUAGCGAAUUGGAUAAAAUUUUAAUGGUGUAGAUUAAUUCUGAAAACGCUAAUGCUAAAGGCUAUCGUCGGAUAGACUUUUCAAAACGCUAACGCUAAUCUCUAAUACUAGUGCUAAACGAGACCUUUAACUCCAAGUUUCUCACCCAAACCUUAGGAGAAAUUUACCCAUGACAUUUCAAGGAUUCCUAAAAUAUGAAAUACCAUCAACUCUCCAUUAUAUCCCCAAUCUUCACUCAUGAUUUCUUUAAACCUCAUACACAAUGUAAAAGUCUUAGGGCUAGAGUUAAGUUCUUGGAUCGUUCGUUAAUAAUAUCUUUAAGAACGCUAAUGCUAAAGGUUUUCUCAUUGGGCACCUUUCAAAAGGCUAAAGCUAAACGCUAACGUCAAACGGAUUCAAAGUUUUCGUGCAUUGAAGAAUGGAUGUGAAGAUAAAAUGAAUAUUUGGUAAUAAAUUCUUACCAAAAAAUGUGUCAAAAUCUUCCAAAAUUAAUGACAGAUUGCCAGCUUCAGUCUAGGUACUAUAUAAAUAACAAUCAUGUGCCAUUCCAAGGAAGUAAGCAAUUGCUUCCAAAUUCAACCAAUUAUACCUGAAUUGCAGAGUUGAAACCCUAAAUGACGAGGAAGAAGGUGAAGCUCGCUUUCAUCAGCAAUGACUCGGCGAGGAAAGCGACAUUGAAGAAGAGGAAGAAAGGGCUGAUGAAGAAGGUGAGCGAGCUGAGCACUCUGUGUGGGAUCGACGCGUGCGCCAUAAUCUACAGCCCGUACGAGAACCAGCCGGAGGUGUGGCCAAACACGGCGGGGGCCCAGAGGGUGGUGGCGCAGUUCAAGAGGAUGCCGGAGAUGGAGCAGAGCAAGAAGAUGGUGAACCAGGAGAGCUUUAUCCGGCAGAGGAUCGCGAAGGCCGGCGAGCAGCUAAAGAAGCUCCGCCGGGAGAACAGGGAGAAGGAGAUCACGGAGGUGAUGUACCAGUUACUGACGGGGAAGGCGGCGGCCUUGCAGCAGAGCUUGAUCCUCACGGAUCUGAACGAUCUCGCGUGGAUGCUAGAUCAGAACCUCAAGGAGAUCGACAAGAGGAUCGAGACUCUCAAGAAGGAGGCGGCGGCGGCUCCGGUGGUGUCUCAGCCUGCCGCGGCGGUGAUUCAGACCGUGACGGCGGCGGCGGAUCAGCAGGAGGUGGUGGGGGUAGAUUUGGGGCAGAGGCAGAAUUGGUUUGUGGAUUGGAUGAUGAGUAACCCUAAUGAGCACAUGGGGUUUGAGCACGGCGGGGGAAGCGGCGGCGGCGGCGGAGGGGAUGAUAUGAAUAUACCCAACCACCACGCUGUGUGGCCCGGUGCUUUCUUUCCUUGAUUUUACUCUGUCGACUGUACUCCGUAUUUUUUAGAUGGUAUCAUGGUACACUUCCCCCUAAAAUAAUUUGAGCAAUGCUAG